AUGAUUAGUUGUCAGAUAAAUCAAUACAAUAAGCACACGGAACUGAACUGUUCAUUAGAAUGUAUAACACCCACCUGUAGUGAACUGAAUUAUGAAACCAGUCAAGUUAAAUGUCCACAUAAAGACAAAGAUCAGUCGUCUGACAAAUGUCAGAAAUUAUUCAAGAACAUCAUGGCACUCAAUGUUCAUUUACAAAUGUAUCACAAAGAAACAGGAAUAACAACAGCUUCUCAUAAAUAUACAUCACGUGUCGGUCGAUACCAUUGUCCAAUCGAAGAUUGCACAUUCUAUUGUCACUGUAACAAAAAUCAUGCCCAAUCAAUGUCAUUUUCAAACUUCAAUGCCGUACGAUUACAUUACUUACGGCAACAUGGUUUGAAGAAAGAGCACUGUUUAAAAUGUCUGAAAUCGUUUGGUCUGCAUCAAGAUUUGAUUGCCCAUGAGAAAAUUUGUGGUAUUCAAUGUCCAUUUGCUUGUUCAACGUGUGGCCAACAAUUUCAAAACCGAACGAGUUUACGUCGACAUCAAUUGAAAUAUCAUUUAGACAUAGCUAAUGAAUCUCAAAACGAUGGUUCUAUGAUAAUAAAUUCACUUCCUUCUUCAACUAAAACCAACGAACGUCGAAAGCGACCAAGUCGCCGUCGACCAAUUCCUCCCGAUCAAAUAGAAUUUUCGCGUCAGAACAUUCCUUCUCAUCAUCCAGUUACUAUCAAUCCACUUGCUCUCGAAUUACUCAAACAUUUCAAUACGGAAACGAUUCCUAACUCUUCAUCAACAUCAACCAUCCUUAAUUCAGCAAACGUAUGUGAAUCCGAUAGUGAUAAGGCAACUCAAACAUACACGCGCGUCUCCGUGGGCACUGAAUGUUGUUCCCUAACAAGCACAGAUCUGACUUUACCACGAUUGAUUCCUAUCAAAACAAUGGAGCAAAAAUCUAGUCAAACGCAAAGUCGUAUUCGAAUGUAUAAAAAACGUACACGAAAUUCCACUAAGAAAACAACCACAAUAUCCACAACGACCGAUGAUGAUCUGUCAUCAAGGACAUUUUACAAUACGUCAACGAACGUCUUCAAUGCAUCAACAAUGACACAAUGGGAUAAUGUGCCUGUUAAUGAUAUGGAAACUCAAAUAUCUUCUUCGACACAUUCCGAUAUGUCAAUCCAAACCGUUGGUCAUAUUUCCAAUCUUCUCGAUUAUCCAUCGGAAAACAACCAUAGUGUCAUCGUGCAAACCUUGCCGAUCUCGAUGACGUCAACGCAAAUGCAAACCAUAAGUGAACAUCCAAUUGAACAACCGACUAAUCAAUACGAAGGUUAUCUUUUACCAUAUCAGGAAUCUGUUGGUACAUCUUGCUUCCUCGAUGAAUUCUUACUGGAUGACCUGUCGAAAAAUGAUUCGUCGUCGUCUGUUUUAUUCGAUUUCGAUGCCAUGGAUUUACUUGAUCUAAUCGAUAAUGGUACUCAGACGUAUCCACUAAUAACAUCGCACGAAACACAAACAAUGACCAACUGGGAAACGAUGCUAUUAAACGAAGAUGAAUGGAUUCGAUCAAUGACAAAUAAUUGA